GACGGCACGCAAACAGAGCGCGUAGAUUGCGGGAAAGCGAUCUUUGCAGGCGCCGCUUACUUCAACAGCAUCGAAAAAUUAGGCAGUGGAACUAAGUCGCCUGGUGGAACGUGGUUUCAAGUACACCGUGCACAGAUAAACGAUGUCUUACCGAGAGCUCAGAAAUUUCACUGAAAUGACCAGGGCGCUUGGUUACCCGAGGCUGAUCUCCCUGGAGAACUUUAGGACGCCCAACUUUCCGCUCGUGGCGGAAAUUCUGCGAUGGCUCAUAAGCAGGUACGAUCCUGACAUCGAAGUACCGCCCGACAUUGACACGGAGCAAGACCGGGUGUUGUUCAUCAAAUCUAUCGCUCAUACGAUGGCCACUAAAGCACACCUGAAACUGAACACCCGCAAGUUGUACAUGGCAGAUGGAUAUGCCGUGAAGGAGCUUCUCAAGAUAACCGCGCUGCUGUAUGAUGCCAUGCGAGCCAAGGCGGGAGACGAAGAUUCGAGCGGCGCUGAUCGGACGGUUUCCAUGCCUUACCAAAACUACGACGCCACAUCCAAGUUUUCCGACCUGAAGAUGACGCGUCAGCUGGCCUCUGAAAUAACUCAGCAAGGUGCUGUGCUCUAUGACCGACUGGCUAAGGAAGCGGAACUCAAGGAAAUCCGGACUGCCACUCUGUCUAAACAGCUGGAAAUAACAGACAUUGAGAAGUGCCUCCAAGAUGCCAUCAAGGCUGUAGUUGAGCAAACAAGUGAGCUGCAACGUCGCAUCGAGUCUGUGGCAUCCGAUGAAGCCAAUCUCGAGGCCAAAAUCGAAAAGAAGAAAGCCGAACUAGAGCGAAACCAGAAGAGGCUCGCAACCCUCCGAGCAGUCAGGCCCGCAUUCAUGGACGAGUACGAGAGGAUCGAGGAGGAACUGUCUCAGGUGUAUGCGACAUACGUGGUCAAGAUACGAUGCCUGGCCUACCUGGAGGAACAGCUCGAGGAGCUCGAGAAAGCGCAGAAGAUCGAGUUUGCCGUACGUGAACAGAGGAUGAAAACUGCGGCACGCCCGAGUGACCAAGAUUUGGCCGAAAAGCAAGAGUUUGGCGAGGCUCUGGGACUGGGUGCCGCAGAUUCCGAAAGCCGGGCUGCGGCAGGAAGACUGUUGUUUGGAUCCAUGGCAGGUGGUGACAAGAUCCUCGACUCUGACUCUGACCUCGACCUUGAAGGCGAGGACGAGGGGUCGGACGGCUCUUCAGACGACGACCUCGAGCUCGACCUUGAAGCCAUGGGUGGGAUAAAGCCUCCCAACAGGCGUUCCCAGUCACAGUUCAUCGACAGUGACAACGACUUCUGAAGCGCUCGUGAUUCGAGCGACGAUAGAUAUCAGCGAGAUUAAUGCUGCUACACACUAAG